AUGACCUCUGCUAAGGAGGUUUUGGAUUCCUCAAAAUAUAUCCCGCCUGCCAAGCUCAAACAGCUUUUGGCAGACGCAGAAAUUGAACAGCAUUCUGAGGUGUUUCAGAAACUCGAAUGGGACAAGCUGAACAAACAGAUAAUUGGAGAAAUUAACAAGGUCAAUGAGGAAAAUGUCAAGGAGGUGGUGGUGGACCUAUUCCGGUUGAAUCUGGUGAGAGGGAAAGGACUCUUGGUGAGAGCUGUCAUGAAAUCGCAGAAAGCGUCGCAAUCGUACACGCCGGUGUUUGCAGCAUUGAUUUGUGUGCUGAACUCCAAGAUCCCAGAGAUCGGAGAUUUAUUGGUGACCCGGUUGAUUUUGCAGUUCCGAAAGGCGUUCAAGAACAACGACCGUGCCGUCAGCAAGGCGUCGGUGGUAUUUUUGGCCCAGUUGGUGAAUUUCCAGGUUUGUCACGAGAUUGUUGCGUUACAGCUUUUGUUUCUGUUGCUGGAACAUCCCACAGACGAGACAGUGGAGAUUGCGUGUGCGUUGCUGGAAAACUGCGGGGCGUUUUUAUACGAGUCUGCAUCUGUGGCGUGCAACGCCGUCUUUGACAGACUGAGGACCGUUCUGAGCGAGGAUAUGGUUUCUGGACGAAUACAGCUACUUAUCCAGAACGCUUUCAAAAGCAGGAGAAACACACACACCUCCGGUCUCAGCAUUCCUGAGGCCCUGGAUCUGGUUGAGGACCAGGACAAAGUGACACAUACAAAGAACCUGGACGACAAGCUGCGAGCGCAGGAGGCAUUGAACGAGUUCCAGUUCGACGCAGAGUACGAGAAGCACGAAGGGGAGUACUCCGAGCUCCGCAAGGACAUUCUGGGCGAAGACAGCGAGGAAGAGAGUGAAGAGGAAAGCGAGGAUGAGGAAGCCGAAGGUGAUGACCUCGUCAAGGAACAGAUCAAGGACCUCACAGAGACAGAGCUCACGAACUUCCAGAAAACAGUGUAUUUGACGGCCAUGUCCAGUAUCAACCACGAAGAAGCCCUACACAAGCUCCUGAAGCUGCCGCCGAUCGACCCGGAGCGCAAGGAGACUAUGCUUGUGGAUAUGAUUGUAAAGUGUUGUGCACAGGAGAAGACUUACUCGAAAUACUACGGACUUAUUGGAGAGAAACUGAUUUCUGUCAACCGUCGCUGGGCCAAAGCUUUUGAUACGGUUUUUGAGCAAAACUACACCAACUGCCACACUUUCGAGCUUUCUUUGAUCCGCAACAUUGGGUCGUUCUGGGGCCAUAUGUUUGCCUCAGAUAAGAUGGGCUGGGAGAUCUUGAGUCUGAUCCAGCUGACUGAGGAAGAUACCACGAGCGCAGGACGUAUCUUUCUCAAGUUCCUGUUUGUCAAGAUGCAAGAGGAGUUGGGAGUGAGCAAACUUCGAUUGCGGCUGGCCGAGGAGUACAUCCAGCCGUACAUCAACGGCAUUUUCCCAACAGAGGACGCCGAUCGACUGCGGUUCUCGAUCAAUUUUUUCACAGCCAUUGGUUUGGGAGCACUCACAGAGGAAAUGAGAGAGACACUCAACGGCCUCCCAGAAGAGGAGGAGGAAGAGGAGGAGGAAAGAAAGAGGAGCGCCUCGCCGCCGCAGGAACGAAACCAGCGCGCCCGAUUCAAAUAG